AAGCGAUGGCCAUACGCAUAAAGAUAUGGGCGAGGCAAUGCUUUUGGCGUCACUAUGUGUCGCGGACGGUUCAGCAACAGGAACAAAGGAAUUAAAAUCUGGCAGCCAAUCGAAAGACAAGAAUGAUAAAACAAUCCAAUCAAAGGACACAGAUGAAACGGCGAUCAAAUCCGAGAACACAGAGAGAUCUGUAGAGAGUGUAGUGGCAACGGAAG